AUGUCUUGCUUUACCUUUAUUUUGCACCUGCUUCUCAUUUUUGGAGUUACCACGGCCAUUCCUCACCAGUCACGAGCUUGGGCUAACGGCGCUCAAAACGUAGCCUACUGGGGCCAGGAUGGCCACGUCCGGGAUCUGAUCAAUUACUGUAACCCAUCCUCCGGAAUCGACAUUAUCAUCUUGUCGUUCCUGUAUCGAUUUGGCAAUGGCAACACCAUUCCCUCCGGCGAACUCGGCGUCCACUGCCGAAUAGCUCCCAAUGGCGAGGGGCAGAACUGCCAGGGCAUGGCGGAUGCCAUAAACACCUGCAAGUCGCACGGAAUCAAGGUCAUCGUCUCCCUUGGUGGCUCCGUUGGUGCGUACUCCCUCUCAUCGCAAGCCGAGGCCGAAGCCAUUGGUCAGCACUUGUGGGAGGCAUACGGUAACACUCGUGGAAGCGUGCCGCGGCCAUUCGGCGCAACCUUCGUGAAUGGUUGGGAUUUUGACAUCGAGGCAUGGGCAGGAAAUGUCUACUAUCAGAACCUCAUCCAGAAACUCCGAUCGAACUUUGCCUCUGAUCCUCAGCACACGUACUACAUCACAGGGGGGCCCCAGUGCCCCAUUCCGGAGCCAUAUAUGCAGACAAUCAUUCAGAAUUCCGAGUUUGACUACCUGUGGGUUCAGCACUACAACAACCCGUAUUGUUCCAAUGGCGGAAACAUCAACUUUGAUGCUUGGGUGGCCAAUAUCGCUGGCACUCGGUCUGCAAAUGCGAAAAUCUUCAUUGGCGUCCCAGCUUCACCCCUCGCCUCCACUGGUACCGUGUCUGGCGCCCAAUACUACAUGGACCCCCACACCCUGGCUUCCGUUAUCAGCCAGCAUAAAGACAAUCACGCGUUCGGCGGGGUGAUGACUUGGUCUGCUGGCUGGUCAGAUACCAAUGUCAACAAUGGAUGUACCUACGCCCAAGACGCCAAGCGUAUCUUGACGACUGGCUCGCCUUGCUGA